UGCGAACAAAAGGAAGAAUGGCGCGCAAAUCUGUUGGAAAAUAUUAGUAGGGUUUUGAGAAGAUUGUAAAACCCUGAAAAUGGUUUGGGGUUUGUUUCCCGUUGAAUCUCUUCCAGGUGAACAGAAGUACUUUAUUUUCUCAAAGGGAACAUAUAAAGUAGGGCGAAGAGUGACAGGGAGGUUUCCUUUUAUCCGCUCCUAUACUGGGUCUACCGCAGCAAUUUGACUGUUGAAGAAAAGAAGUUAACUGCACUAUUGGAAUGUCUGUCAAUGGGUUCAGCAUGAGCAGUGCCAUUCUUCAAGUCAAUCGAGAGCACUAGUUGAUAACUGUUGUGAUGUGAUAAUUAAUACUGACAAAGGAGUAUCCCGGGUCCAUGCAGAGGUAGUUGUUAAUUCAAUGACUUCAUUGGAUCCACUGCAUGGAAAUCCCAGUAACUUUUCGUUAGAUGUCCACAUUAAAGACUUGUCGAAGUAUGGAACAUUUAUUAACAAGAAACAGGGAUCCAAGGCAAAGGUUCAUGAUCAUCCAAAUAAAGAAACAACUUUAAAAGAUGGGGACCUAAUAUCAUUUGGAACCGGUAAUGCAACCUACAGGUUCUGUUUUGUUCCGCUCAUAUUUUUUGUGUAUCGCUCGAUUCCCCCCAAAGUGGAUCGAUCCCUUCAGGAACAGAUUUCCUCAAUUGGUGCAAGUGCGACCCAUAAUUGGAAGUCAGAGUGCACACAUGCAGUAGUUGACGACUCUGCACCAGUCGAAGAGGAUCUACUUGAUGCUAUCAUGGCUCAAAAGCCUGUAAUCCUCAAUAAGUGGAUCAAGGUGGUAGCAGAGAAAAAUAUCUCCUCUGAACUUCCAAGCUUUGCUGACUAUCUGCCGACCUUGAUGUUAGAAGGAUCACCCGUUAAAGUUGUGGAUCCCAAAUCCCGAGAGAAUUGUUUGGCGAGUUACACCUUCUUGUUUGGUGAAUUAUACUUGUAUACAUUUGGUGAGCAGUUGCAGUCCUUAUUAGAUGUAGCUGGCUCGAAAUAUCUCUCGGUUAAUGGGUUUUGUUCGACUAGCCAAGCAUCACAAGAUGGAACUAGUAACCGUGUGGUUCUGGUGAUCCCUGCACGAUCAGAAAAUCAGUUUAAUGGCCAGCAACAUAUCCGUUCGUUACCUAGAUUAACUGACGUGAAAUUAAUAUCUGCCAUCUUAUCUGGUCAGCUAGACCCAUCUGCUGUGGAAUCUCCUCCAAUACUUGUCUCGUCUUCAUGCUCCACCGAUGAGACGAUAGUAGCAGAUUCUGAUGUAGAAAUGGACACGGCCACAACUCAUGGUGUCACUGCAAAUGCCCAUUUAGUAACUCCAAAAAAUGAGGAUGAACCAACUAUAAAUGUGGAUAUUGCCAAUGAUCCAACAAUCAGGGAUGAGGCAAUGCCACCUGUUAUUCAUGCCAACAGUCCAACAUCUAAGUUUCAAAGUUUAAGUUCUAAGGUUGGGGAUGGUGUGAUGAUAGAGAAAAUGGACAAGGAUGAUGAGUAUGACACAUCUGUUGUACAAAAUUCAGAUAUUAUAUACACGCAAGAUUUGAUUGUUCGAGAUACCAACCCACCAGCUUCAUUUGUGUCUACCACAAUCAGAGGAGUGGUGAAUUUCAAAUGCUUCAGGAGAAGAGAGACAGAGUCGGGAAAUAGCUACAGAUGUCUGAUUCCAUUCUCAAAGAAUCCGUACAGGGAAUCUGAGUAUGGGAACGAGGAAGUAGCUGAACAUGUAAAAGAAGAAAAGAAGCGGAAACAGAUGGAAGCAAUUUCUGAGGAUUUAUUCAAUAAUGAGAAGUCCCGGAGACGUGGAGCAGCUGGUACUUCUAUUCGUGAAUUGCUUACCCGUGGUUGAUGGAGUUAAACUGACUUAACAAUGUUUCGAAGUGUAAAGUAUGGUUGAUGGAGUUAAAUUGGCUUAACAAUGUUUCAAACUUCGAAGUGUAAAGUAGGCAAGAUAAGUUUUGUUACUUGUAUCUUGUAUAGUGAUUGGUCUUCUUAUGUAGCUACUUGUACUCACAUUACCAAGUUCCCAUGUUAUCAGUUUCAUUAUGUUAUUUCCAAAUUUA